AUGUCCAGCAACAAGUGUAAAAAUUGCGGAUGUGCAGAAAUAGAUGUUGAUCCAGCAAGAGGUGAUGCUGUUUGCACCAAUUGUGGAUCUGUUCUCGAAAGUAAUAUUAUUGUAUCAUCUGUACAAUUUGAAGAUAAUGCUCAUGGUGGAAGUACAGCCAUAGGACAAUUUGUCGCAUCCGAUUCAAAAGGUGGUGCCAGAAGUUUCGGGGGGUCUUUUCAUACGGGAUUAGGAGUUGAAUCGAAGGAAAUCACACUUAGAAAUGCGAAAAAAAAAAUAACUGAUUUAGCUCAUCAAAUGAGGUUGAAUCAACAUUGCAUCGAAAUAGCGUAUAAUUUUUUCAAAAUGGCUUUGAGCCGACAUUUAACGAGGGGCCGUAAAACUGGAAACGUUGUAGCUGCUUGCGUUUACAUGACUUGCAGGAUGGAGGGAACAGCUCACAUGCUAAUAGAUUUUUGCGACGUUUUGGACACCGUGGGAGUGUACGAACUAGGGAGAACGUAUUUGAAAUUAUCUCAAGCACUCUGCAUAAACAUACCAGCUUUGGGUGAGUGA